UUUUUUCGUUGGGAUAGUAUUAUCCUGAUUCAAUAAAGGCUGGGUGUUGUGUGUGUAAUGUAAUUUAAAAAUAUAUAUGGCCAAACAAAAUGAUAGGGGUGGUGGUGAAGGGGGGGGGGGGGGGGGGAGAAAGUGACAAGUGCAUUAGGCAUUAUAAUUCAGCUGUGCUCCACCUACCAGCCCUGCCUGGUAAUUAAUGGAGCUCCCAGCCUGAAGACGCCUGCAUUAGGUAGGGAGAGGCGAGGAGAGAGCGAGAGACAUGCCAUUGGAGAUAAUUGAUUACAUCCCAAUCAACAAUAACUUGUUAGCCAUAGUCAAUGUAUCAGUCUCUCUGGUUUCUCCUCUCUCGCUCCGGUUGAAGGAUGAAUUUAGUUGGAAGUAGUCUGAAUUCACUCUGAGGGGAGCAGCAAGGUUAUAAGAAGCUGGCAACUGAGGUACCUUGGACAAUAGUGGAAAAAGUCAUCAUCACGAUUGUGGAAUCCUUAUCUGCUCCUUCACACCUCCCUCCUUCCCCCCUCCUCCCUUUUUAAAUUCAUUUUAACCUUGCCUUGCAAAGCCUUUAAGAAGACAGCAAGGAGAAAGACAUUGGACUACUGGAGAGAGAACUUUUUUUUGGUAGACGCUCUAGUCUUGGGUGAAGUUCUCCCCAAAAAAAAAAAAAGACAAUGACAUCUAAGGAAGAAGCCAAACCAUCUUCUGUGGAAGAGAGAAGGAGAAAUGCCUUGGACCACUUACCACCUCCUGCAAAUUCUAACAAACCCCUGACUCCAUUCAGCAUUGAGGACAUCCUGAACAAGCCCUCAGUCAGGAGAAGUUACACCAUCUGUGGGACAGCUCAUCUGCUGUCCACUUCGGAGAAGCCCCCUCCUGCAGGGUUACCUUUGUCCAGCAGAACACUUCUCUCCCAGACCUCACCUCUAUGUGCCCUGGAGGAACUAGCCAGCAAGACCUUCAAAGGUCUGGAAGUCAGUGUCCUGCAAGCUGCUGAAGGACGAGAUGGGAUGACAAUAUUCGGUCAGAGACAGACUCCAAAAAAGAGGAGAAAAUCCAGAACAGCUUUUACAAACCAUCAAAUCUAUGAGCUCGAAAAACGCUUUUUAUACCAGAAAUAUUUAUCCCCUGCGGACAGAGACCAAAUCGCCCAGCAGUUGGGACUGACCAACGCUCAGGUCAUCACCUGGUUUCAAAACCGAAGAGCGAAGCUCAAAAGAGACCUAGAGGAGAUGAAAGCAGAUGUCGAGUCAGCCAAAAAAAUGAGCCCUACCUCAGUGGAAGCUGUGCUCACCAUCUCUGAACUUGAGGAGACAGAGUCUCUAGGUCUAGACGGGUCUAAGGACAGGUCCAGGUCCCCCCAUCAUGUCCUGGGCAGCCACCUUCACAUGUCUCCUUCAUCCCCCUUCACAGAACAGCACACCAGCAAAGAGUGCUCAGAAGAUGAGGAGGACGUGGAAAUAGAUGUUGAUGACUAAUUUAUUAUUAUUAUUUUCAUUUUUUUUUAUUAAAAGACAUUGAACUAAAAGCAAGAAUGGACAGUAUUAAUGCUGCACUUGUGUCCUACCCUCAAAUCAUGAUUUACACCCAAGACAAUAUUUUUUUUUUCAAUUAAAGCAAUAAGUAAUAUUUAAAAAAAAAAAAAAAAAAAAGACUGAAAUGACUUCGGCUGCCCAAUCAGGUAGUUUCAUCUUUUAUUUGUAUUUUUGUUUUUGUUUAUUAUUAUUAUAAUGAUUAUUAUUUUUUGGAAUGGUGCAAUUGUGUAAGGCGUCUGUAAAAUAUAUAUUUAAGCAUAUUUUUUUAAGCUUUGAUUUUUAAUCUAAAUACAAUCUACAUAUCACCUAGCUUUGGGGGGAAAAAAAUCACAAUCACUAUUUUGCAACAGAAAUAUUUUCAAUUUUUUUCUCCAGUAUCCGGCAUUAUUCUCUUGCAUGUAAAGAAAAAAAAAAACAAUAAAAUGAAAAGUGCACGAUUUUUUUCCUUUGAUUUUAUUUUUGCUUGCUUUAUAAAUUGUAUUGUUGUCAUUUUUUUUAUUUUUUUUACCACUUGACAUGUCUACAUCACUCUAUAUUUCCUUUGAUCAAUCAGACUUAAAAAAAAAAAAAUUCAAUCAUUUCUACACGGCUCUGCCAUGACAGCACUUUUUUUUUUUUUUCACUUUUAUGCGACUGUGUGGUUUUUAAAAGAAAAUAAUUCUACCUUUCAUAAAUUAUUAUUAUUCAUACAAAGGAAGUCGAAAGACGUAUUUUUACUUGUUUCUAGGAGUUUGCAUGAUACAAUGAGAUGCAACCGAUGGCAUACUGCAUACAAAGUUCUAUACAGAUUAAAUGUACAGGCAAAAGAUUUCUUAGGAUUGUACAAAGAUAAAAAAGCAUUGUAAAGGCCUGCUAUUUAAGUUUCAAUUGCCAAAAGCAA